AUGUCAGGCGGCCAGGGCUCCGCCCGGAGGCCGCAGCGCUCGGGGGGCGGCGGCACGCUGCCCGCCAACGGAUUCACGUACAUUGGCGGUGAUACGCGCCCGCAUCAGCCGCUCACGCUAAAUAAUGGCGCACCAGCUCAUCACCUUAACAAUGGCUCUUUGCGCUCAUUACCUGAUAAAAAGAAAAACCGCAACGGCGUCGUCUGCCACCCAGAGAACUUCCAGCGCAACCUCGACACGCGCUAUUCGAGGAAACAAGAGAAUGGCUACAUGCGCAACUCUGAGACCAUUAUAGGUUUCCCGCGCAACGAGCGCGAAUACGAGCGCGAGCACAGCGAGUACAGUGAGCCCGAGUACUCCAUCAUCCCGGAGAACGGGUACGGCCGGCCGCUGGACGAGUACCCUCGCGCCUGCUCGCACUCGAACACCUUCAACUGCUGA